AUGUCUCAUCUUGUAACCUCUGCGCAACUCGUGCCAACAGCGUCUCUCGAAAAGCUACAGAAAGAGUUUGAGAUACUCCACCUUUUAUACACGAGAAACCAUAACCAACAUCGCGUUGCAAGAUGGUGGAGAUAUUUGGAAAUGAUACACAAACGAACUCGUCAGAUUCUUAAAAAGGCAUAUAGCAUGGAACAUGCAAAGAAGUUUAAGGUGAAGGAGAGACUAAGGCAAGAGACGGUUGCCAUAGCGAAGUUUAUGGUGAAUCGAAGUUUAUUCUCAAAAGCAUACUAUGAGUUUAACGGAAUUAUAGCUUUGGGCCAAUUUAUCAAUUUGGGGCUUGCGUUGGUUGGCAGUUUGAGUGCAAUAUAUUCUGUGGUCAGUGAGAUUCAAGCAAUUAGUAUUACAGGCACGACUGAGAGUAAGAACGGAUCAAAGGCACUACAAGUGGAUGAUGAUGACAUCGGUAUAGAAAUCGAGUGGAACCUGGCAUCUGCCGAAAAACAUCUAGAAGAGGCCCAAGCGCAAAAGCAUAACACAUCAGAAGUCAAAAAGAAAGAUGGAAAAAAACGCCGGCAUGAAGAGAAGGACAUCAAGACGGAUCCAAAAGUUGAUGACAUAGCCAGUAUUUUCGGAGAUGCGCCCAAGAAAAAGAAAAAAAAGGCAAAGUCGAAACAGAAAAAAAGCGCCAUGGACGAAAUAUUCGGGUAG